AUGGAUCAGCGAUUUCGAAUUAGAGAUUAUACACCCAUAGAAGAAGAGAUUGAUACUCGACAAUACACGAAAUGGGAUUUAGAACCGAAUCAUACACAUUUUCUGCUAUUUGAUAACGGCAGAGAAUACCUUGAUCCUGAUAUGAUAUUGGUGAAACGUCGAGAAAUCGAAGAAGCACUCGGCCGGGCAUUAAAAUAUUCUAUUAUUGGUUACGAUGCCACCAAUGUAAUGCACAAUCGUAUACCAGUAGUAAUGCUUCUAUUAACGGGAGAUUAUGCUUCCUUAAAACUUCUGUGUAACGGUUUGGAACAGGCAACGCCUACUGUUAUUUUAAAGAUCUCAAAUGACAUUAAUUAUGCCAGAACGAAUAUUUUACCAGAAACCACAGAUAACAGUAUUCCAGUACCUCAAACUAAACGUUUUCUUAUCAAAACUUUGAUGCCUCGUGCAUUACCUGAAGCCUUACGGCGAAAUAAUUCGAGGGAAUUUGACAAACAUGCAGCUGAUAUAAUCGAUGCAUGUUAUGAUAUAGAUCAAGAUUUUGCAAUUGAAUUAAUUAUCACUAAAGCAGUUGCAUUUUAUAAUUGUGAACCGUUAGAUAUAGCACGAGAGGCAGAUUGUCGAACAUUUCUAGCUACAGAGACUGUACAAAAACAUCUUCAUAAAGAAUGGUAUCACAAGUUUAAUGAACAACAAAGAAUUCUACAUAUAUCUGUUCAGAUUUGGAAUACGGACGAGAAGGGCCGUGAUACAAUAAUGGAUGGCCCAAAACAACUAAGGUUCUAUCAUAAAAUGUAUUAUUUUUAUAAAGCACCUGUCGUUCGUUUCUAUUAUCAUACGAUAUUUUUCGUUGCAUUCUUAACGUUAUUCAGCUACGUACUCUUAGUAGAUUACUUUCCUUUAAAUAUUUAUGGUGAAAAACGUUCCGGACGAUCUAAUCUUCUCAUUCCGAUUACAGAAAUAUUCUUACAUUUAUUUAUAUGGAGUUUGAUGGCUGAAGAAGUCGAGCAGCUACGGAAACAUAUUAUACAUAAGUAUGAUUACAUUGAAGAUACUUGGAAUGUCCUUGAUAUACUCGGUGGUGUAUUCUAUCUGAUUGGCUUUAUAACACGUUUUAUUGUAAAUGAAACGGCUUUCACUGUUUCAAACGCCACAAUUCAUCACAUAGAAGCAGAGUCGAAGUUGAUAUGGCGUUAUCAGAGAUUUCUACUUGUACAAGAAUAUCUUGGAAAAACGUUGUUACCACCGCCAUUAAAUAUCCCCUGUUAUAUCUUUUAUCUUUUACAAUUUUUUUGGAGAAAAUAUUGUAUGACACGCGUUUACAUGAGGAUGAGGAUGUGUUGUCGAAGAAAACGACAAACGGAACCCGACGCAGAAUUGAAACGGCGGAAGAAGUCAGUAGAUAGUAGUAUAAAACUGAUGAACAACUAUGUUGAAACUUAUCAGAUGAGACGUGAAAAAGAAAUAGCAGAAGAAUAUUGGAAAGAUAUUAUUAUAUCGGAGGAAGGAAAGCAAAGACAAAUGGAAAGUGAUCUUUCUAAGAUGAAGAUAAAGGUGGAAAAAAUACUGAAUGAUUUCGAUCAAAUGAGACAAAGGAAAAAGAAAGGAAAAUUCAUUGAUCCAGAAAUGCAGGAUGUAUUCAAAGGAAUAAUUAUAGGUGAUCUAGAACCCGUCCUCGACGACCAGCAAGAUCUACCACCGACUCGAUCUCAAACAGAUCGCAAAGCAACUUUAAAUGAUGCAGCACCACGACAGCAAUCAAAUGAUGAAGUAGACCGUUCUCAGAGAGCAGUUUCGGUCAACGAAGACUUUUGCGAAGAGGAAAAAGAGGUUAUAGAAGACGAAGGAGAAAUACUACCUGAAUUAUCUACCGAGUGCGUAGCUUCCGAAAACAGCGCACAAUCGUCUCUACCGAGUUGGACAGGAGAUCAACUCACAACUAAUCACCCACACAUCGCUCCAGUUCAGUCCACGCAGCUGAUCUAUGCCGCUAGUCGUCGCGGUAAAGUAUAA